AUGCCCGAGAAAGUCGACAACGAAGCGACCGAGCGCGGCUCCGUCAUGAAUGGCAAUGUCACCGUACAGACAAUGAAGCCCUUCACAACCCUCUCUGCUCUAGGAAUCGGUUACGGAACAACAAACACAGCUAUCGGGCUAUUAUUAGUGCUCGGUAGCACUCUGCCCAUGGGAGGAUCCCCUCUCUUCUUCUGGGGCUUCCUAGUGAUGGCUGUCGUCGGCUUGGCCACGGCAACGACACUCGCCGAACUUGCAUCUGCCAUGCCUCAUCCCGGUGGCCAGUACAUCUGGGUCCACAGACUGGCACCGCCCAAGUACAAGCGAUUCCUCUCUUACAUCACGGCGGUGAUCAGCUGGUUAGCUGCUGUAGCAACCGGCUCAUCAGCUUGCCUCUCAGUUCCCGUUGGCAUCUGCGGUAUCAUCACCCUCUUGGACCCCAAUUUCGUCUACAAGAGAUGGAUGGGUUUCGUCGGGUUUCAACUACUCAACCUCGUAACGGUCUUCGGUGCAAGUUUCGAGCAAGCCCUGCCGAAAAUAUCAAAGGCAAUGUUGCUGUUCAGCUGCACCACGAUCGGCGUCAUUUUCAUCACCCUCUUCGCCAUGUCAAAAGAGCACGCCUCGGCCAAGGCUUUCUUCGUCACGCAGAUCAAUAUCUCGGGCUGGCAAAACGGAAUAGCCUUCAUCAUCGGAAUGAAUGGUGCCAACUGGAGCUUCUCGUGCCUCGAUGUCGCCACCCACCUGGCCGAGGAGAUGCCGCGCCCGAGCACUGAUAUCCCCAAGGCUUUGAUUUGGACGAUUGUGGUGGGACUGGUCUCCGGCCUCAUGGUUGUCGUGUCGGUUCUCGUCAAUGUACCGGCUAUCGAUGGCGCCGAUGACAAUUCCGCGUUGACCUUGUUCUAUCGGAUUACUGGAAGUCAGGCAGCUGCAGUCGGCCUUUGGGUGCCGGUCAUGAUCACAACCAUCGGCGCAGUGUGGUCGAUUCAGACUUGGCAGUCUCGUCUGGCGUGGACUAUCAGUCGCGAAGCAGGGUUCCCGCUUCAUCGUCAUCUGAGCAAGAUAGCCCCAUCCCCGCUGCACACGCCCGUCUGGUCCCUGAUAUUCUCGGCCUCCGGCACUGCCAUCUUUGGAUGUCUCUACCUUGCCUCCGAUCUCGCCUUCAACUCGCUCAUCUCUACAGGUCUAUUACUCCAGUACAUUAGUUAUAGCAUCCCUGUUGUUCUGGCCCUGAUGCAAGGAAGGUCGAACUUCAAGCAUGGUCCAUUUUGGUACCCGAAGCUUGGGCUACUGGCGAAUGUGGUCAUGCUUUCGUGGUCAGUGGUUGCGUUGAUAUUCUACUGUUUCCCUUAUUAUUUACCCGCCGUUGCAGAUCAAAUGAACUACGCUUCGGCAGUUCUGGCCAUUAUCGCCAUUGUGGUGGCAGUUCUAUGGAUUUUCCACGCGAAGCGCAACUACGAGGUAAAGGAAUUUCUAGAGCACUAG